AUGACAAAGUAUUCUCUGAUGACCACCACUCAUCACUCCACAUUACACAUGACAAAGUAUUCUCUGAUGAUCACCACUCAUCACUCCACAUUACACAUGACAGAGUAUUCUCUGAUUACCGUUACUCAUCACUCCACAUUACACAUGACAGAGUAUUCUCUGAUGAUCACCACUCAUCACUCCACAUUACACAUGGCAAAGUAUUCUCUGAUUACCUUUACUCAUUACUCCACAUUACACAUGACAAAGUAUUCUCUGAUGACCACCACUCAUCACUCCACAUUACACAUGACAGAGUAUUCUCUGAUGAUCACCACUCAUCACUCCACAUUACACAUGACAAAGUAUUCUCUGAUGAUCACCACUCAUCACUCCACAUUACACAUGACAAAGUAUUCUCUGAUGACCACCACUCAUCACUCCACAUUACACAUGACAAAGUAUUCUCUGAUGACCACCACUCAUCACUCCACAUUACACAUGACAGAGUAUUCUCUGAUUACCUUUACUCAUUACUCCACAUUACACAUGACAGAGUAUUCUCUGAUGAUCACCACUCAUCACUCCACAUUACACAUGACAGAGUAUUCUCUGAUGAUCACCACUCAUUACUCCACAUUACACAUGACAAAGUAUUCUCUGAUGAUCACCACUCAUUACUCCACAUUACACAUGACAAUGCAUUCUCUGAUGACCACCACUCAUCACUCCACAUUACACAUGACAAAGUAUUCUCUGAUGACCACCACUCAUCACUCCACAUUACACAUGACAGAGUAUUCUCUGAUUACCUUUACUCAUUACUCCACAUUACACAUGACAAAGUAUUCUCUGAUUACCGUUACUCAUUACUCCACAUUACACAUGACAGAGUAUUCUCUGAUGAUCACCACUCAUCACUCCACAUUACACAUGACAGAGUAUUCUCUGAUGAUCACCACUCAUUACUCCACAUUACACGGGACAGAAUAUUCCCUGAUUAUUGCUAUUGAUUACUCCACAUUACUCUGA